AUGUUUUAACGUCAGUGCAUAUAUUUGCUGUUGACAGGAUAUGACGUCCUACCGGAACUUCAGGGGAUUCCCGAGAGUGCAUUCUACAAUGUCACAUACGUAGUUCAUUCUUCGGAUGAUAGGCGGAAAAUGUCACAAGAUUUACGGAAUCAGUCAGUUCCAGACGAGCAACGUCUCAUGUACUUCCUCCUCAUGGGGUAUGAAAAGUCUGUCCGGCCUGUCCGAAACGCAAGCAAUCCAGUAGUGGUAGGGAUGGGCCUAACGAUGACUCAGAUUUUUGACAUGGAUGAAAAGAAUCAGGUUCUUGUGACUAACGCCUGGCUCGAUCAGGGCUGGCACGAUGAGUUCCUCAAAUGGGACCCUAAAGAUUUCAACAACAUUACCACAAUUCGGAUACCAUGCGACAAACUCUGGCUGCCGGAUAUCGUCCUUUACAACAAUGCGGCUGAAUACACCGAUGGAGUUAUGCCAGCGAAUGCCAUGGUAAAAAAUAAUGGUGAAGUGUUUUGGCCUGUUCCAACGAAAUUACAAAGUUCCUGUAAAGUUGAUGUGACUUACUUUCCGUUUGAUGACCAAAGUUGUAGAUUAAAAUUCGGAUCCUGGACAUAUGAUGGAUACCAAGUGGAUAUCACGAAUAGAUCGGAAGAGGUAGACCUGUCUAAUUAUGUAGUGAAUGGCGAAUGGGAAUUACUUCAGGUUAGAGUUGUGAGGAACGUUGUUGUAUACCCUUGCUGCCCUGAGCCAUUUCCGGAUGUGACGUUUUAUGUCCAUAUCCGACGUCGAACGUUAUACUAUAUGUACAAUGUUGUGUUUCCGUGUAUAAUGAUGUCGGCGUUGACACUCCUCGUGUUCUGCCUGCCACCAGACUCUGGGGAAAAGAUUGCUUUGGGAAUCACAGUACUAUUGGCCUUUUCAGUAUUCAUGCUGGCAGUAGCGGAAAAUCUACCGGAAACCUCAGAAUUCGUACCGCUCAUAAGUAUAUAUCUGACUAUAGUUAUGACCUUAACUUCCCUGUCCGUCAUGAUGACAGUAUUUGUGUUGAAUCUUCAUCACCGGGGCCCUAACAGAGUGGAAGUACCGCCAUGGAUACGAAGCCUUUGUUUGGGAAAGAUGCAAUCUAUAUUUUGCAUUAACGACGAAAAAAAGUGUAGUUCCUAUCUUACUCCACGAGAGUCCAAAUUCAUCCGAACCAUGUCCUUAAAGGUGACACUUGAUAACAUUGCCCAGGAACUUCAAAACGAAAUCCAGAUGGAAAAUGGCAUGGCGGACACUGUAGUUACAGAAAGGGAAGGUACCACCAUUCAUGAUCACCGUACAAGUGACGGACGUUUUAAUGGUGAUGGACGUUUUAAUGCGGGUUCCAGUGACUCGCUACGACGACAUCAUCGCCCUCCCUUAACAAGGGGACAUUCUAAUAAUAAAGCACACGAUGAAAUUAUACAAGCUUUAAAACGAAUUCUUGAAAAACAUGAGAAGGAGGACAGAGAUUACGAGGUGGUACAAGAUUGGAGGAGAGUUGCUCAAGUCGUGGAUAGGGUGUUGUUCUGGAUAUUUUUCCUUGGAACUUUUACUUCAACAUUGAUAAUUCUUGUCAUCACUCCUGCCUCCAAAUGAGCUAGACUCUGUUUUUGCCAAAAUAUUUUAGCCAAUAUGUUUGAUGUGAUUUGUUCCAGCUUUCAUAGAUCUUUGAUGAUAUUUUGCCGUGGUAAUACCAAGCCCAUUUGACAAUAACCUAAAAAAUUGUAGGUGUUUUAAAUUCGCUAUUUUCGAUACAACAAAAAAACGCGAAAUGUGUACCGUGAAAAAAAAAAUGAUGGUCCAUUGUCAAUAAUACGUUUCCAUUUGCUCUGCAUGUUCACCACAUCAACAAACAAAUUAGAAUGCUUUCAAAUCAUAAUUCUCACAUCAUUUCUGUUUGGUGUAGUGAUGUGAAAAGUAACUUCCGUGUCGGCGUCACUAAAUGACGUCGUUUUGGCUGACGUCACUAAGAUUAUUUGUGACAUCACAAAAAUCGUGCUACCGGGUUAAAAACCGAUUGAGCAAAGUAACUUGCAACAAGUCAUUUAGGUAUGUUGUAUAAACGGUUAAAAUCCACAGGAUGGAGUACAUUGAUUACAAUUGAUGAUUUUGUGUUUAUUUCCAAUAUAUGUUUUACAGGAAUUGUCGCGUCUCAAGAAUAGGUAACAUUCACAGUACAAAAUUUGACAUCAAUUCCUUUUAAAUACCUUUUAAGAAAAAUAUUUUGAUAUAAUUCUUACAGGAUUGCAGAAAAAAAUAUUAUAGGACAAUGACAAUGUGUUUUUAAUGUUCAAAUGUACGAAUGAUACAUAUAUUAUCCUUCAAUAUUUUUCAUAAAUGUUCAACCUUUAAAAAACAAC